AUGACAAAAGAUAAAAAUUAUGAUGUUUAUUUAGUUUCAGUGGAAAAUAUUAAUUCAGAAUUAUACUUUGAACCUUUUUCACACGAAUGUUGUAAAGGUAAUAAAGAACAUUCUGAACAGCCAGGAUAUAUUUGCACUUGUGAAUCUUUUUAUACUAUGGAGCCAAGUAAUUCUAGUAACAAUGUGAUAUCUACAGUUUAUCAACAGUUGUUUUAUACUAAAACAAGAUUUUCAGGUCCUAUGAUAAUGGGAUUUAACAAGUCAGCUAUUUGCAAAAAAUUAUUGGAAGGAGUUUUAUUUCAUCUAUAUUUUAUUAAUCUUGAGCUGAUACACGUUUUUGUAUUUAGAAUUGCAAGAUCUGAAAAUGAUCAAUGA